AUAACAAAUUUUCCACACGUCGUGUACAACAAUCGUCACGACUUUUUAACUAUUUGAGGCGACACUCUGGAUCAGUCACGUGACGAAAGGAACCUACAAAAAACGGGCGCCUGCAGAUCCACUGGCUUGUCUGCGAUAUCACCUCGGUGGAAGCGGACGUAAAAUACAACUAACACACACACACAGAUCCACUGUUGAUUUUUAGGACGGUUACUUUUAUUUUAAAGUGUUGUGCAAACUACCAGGUUUAUUAAAUAACACGAACAAUUUUAAACGACCAUCUUGCGGUAAUGUCAUUAAACACACUCAACUUUGUGACAUAUUUAGGCUAACACGUUCCAGAAACAUGGUAUAUGGAUGCGCUCAGAAAAGUAGUCCUGCAUUUUAGGAGUGUGUUUGACAGCAUCUUCGCAUUAUCACAAAGAUUAUUGAUAUAAAUCGAUUCUCUAUGGCAUUGUGAAAACAGAAAGCACACUGAUAAUGGACUCCCGGUCGAGUGUCAUAAUUCUGUGGACACUGUUCGCAUUGCUCCGCCUGGUCCAUCUGGAGAUAUCCGAAGAUAAACCGCACUGUCUCUUCCCGGAUUAUCUCCAAACAACGGAAUCGAAACCCUGGGUUCUCAACCAUACCAUGACAAUUGUCACAUAUUAUGUAGUUGGGGAUGAAAUCACCGCUUACGACUGUCGCAAAGGUACGAAGAAAUGUUCCACAUAUAGACGACAGUGUAGAACGAAGUUUGAAGAUGAUAGGUUCUUAGUGCAGCACAUUGAAUCAGAUUUCACCGACAAAUUUUUGUGCCUGAGGUUCAUGCGCAGGAGCAAGAGUGUCAUCCAAAUCAGUACGUCACACAUCAAAACGGGAAUCACGAAACGUUAUCUGUGUCGCGACCAAUGGCUCUCACUGGAUCCAUGGCCCUGGAUUUCAUACGAAAAUUCUAUUUACGAAAGUGUCACGUGUCCAUUUGCGGGAGGUUACAACUUCAAGUUGUUUUUCAAUGGCGGAUUAAUGAGACGCAAUCAGAAAUGCAUGGACGCCAUCCCGCCGGUUCGGAUUGAAAGUGACUGUACUGCAGGGGAAGGAGUGACGUUUCGAUUUCGCAACAAAAAUUGUUUGCAUAGUGAGGGAAAUCUGGACCUUCUGCAGGAAACAAAGUGUAUUGCUACGUGGGAGCAAGAUGGCGACAUGUACGCCAUCUUGCGCAAAAACAACGACAGGUAUUAUUGGUGUAUACGUGUUGUGACGUCAGAAAGUGGCGAUGUUUCGCGGAUAUAUGUUUUUUUAGAUAUGGUUUGUAAACACGGUCGCAUAAACGGUAUUAACGAUAAAUAUCUACAGUUAGACAGUCUAGAAAAACGCAACGUAACAAACGUGUGUGCGGACGAGUUCCACGGGUGCGAGAUUAUGGGUGAAUUCUGCGAGACUGAGGUGAAAGACGUGUGUCCGCGAACGUGUGGCCAAUGUAAUUCAAAUGACACCAUGAGGUAUUGUUCCUUCCCACCCUCCAUACGUGGUAAAUGGGUUAAAAGCACACUGAGCGGAAACCUGAACAUUGAAAUUAGUAAAUCCAAUAUGGUGCUUCCACACUUAGGAGAGUUUCGUUGUGUUACGUUCAAUUCUACCGCGCUGCCUCUACGGAGAGUUUUAUUACAAGAAUUUACUAACGGGUGCUAUCCUCGCUUCACGUGCUUCCAUUAUGACACGCCAUCGCCGGCCGUGAUGAGAUUUAGAACCAGCUCAAUAUUACAAUGGCCCGUUUAUUUAUCCGAUGCUAGAAUCUGUGACAAUGAAAAUUUUAAGCAUCUUGCUGACCCGAGAUUACCGAUGAAGGUGGUGCACCCGUUUCCGCUUGAAAGUGUUGUGCGGGAGUCGGAAAGAGUUAAUCGCGUGCUGUGCAACUUACCACUGUCUAUGCAAAAAGUGAGUUCAUUCACAGACGAUCUAGGCGGAAGUGGCUGUAUCGUGCACGGGACGGAUUCAGCUCCGCGGCGAAUUUUUCUUUCUUAUUUGAAUGGCGGAGACGUGGUGGAUACCGUCACUUACAACUGUGUAGGAUCACUGACUUACAUAUCAAGUCAUAAGUCUAUUAUCAUAUCAGCAGAGAAUACCACAAAACAGGACUAUCUCUGUUGGAUUGUUGUCAGUAAGAAUGAAAUUAUACAGGUGCCCGCCGCCUCAUGUAAUACAUUAACUGCUAAUUUAAUUGUCCAGGGAGACCGGGAAUAUUCAGAACUCUUAAUGAAGAAAUUUUUCUUACAUAACGCAACGUCUGGCUGUAUUUCAGACGUUAGGACACGGGCGUAUUUAGCUCAAGACUGGAAGGUGCCGCCACCAUUUCAACAAAUUCUAUCUAAUUCUUCUUGCUUGUUGUAUCAUUCUUUAUAUUUUGUUAUUUUGAUUAUACAUUUGUUAUUUUAUUCGUAAACGUCAAUGGCCUUUUAAUAAAUGUUUGCUUUUUUUUGUA